AAUCGUUGUUUUCCCAUCGACGCACGAGUUGGCUGCCAGCCUCCGGAGAAGAAUUGUUUCAAUUUUCGCCAAAAAUCAGUUUUUACGCGCUUAUAUGUUGCUUGCAUAGAAAUUCAGUUUUAUUUUCAAUUUCCUUUGGUGUUUUUCGCUUGUGUUUUUAAUCAUCCGUGUGUUUUUUUUAUCGUUGUUUCGUAUUCGUUAUUUGUUCUCGGUUCGGUUUGUCGAAUUUUCUGAAUUCGUCAAUUUUUUCUGUUUCAUCUUUUACUUUUCCGUUUUGUUCCGUUUAUUUGAUUUUUUUUUCUUUGUGUUUGAGUUCAAAUCUCAGAAUAAAAAUUUCACCAAAAAUUGGGUUUAGUGGAUUUAAUCUGUAAAAAAAAUAAGUAAAUGUUGGAUGAAAAGAAUUUCUCCAAUCGAAGUUUUCAAAGACUUCUGCUGUGAUAAAAAAAAUACAAUUGAUUUAUGUGCAUCAAACAAAUAAAAAAAAUUCAACAAAAAGCGCGCGUCGAAAUUUUUCCGCGAAAGUUAAAUGAGUGUGUGAGCGCUUUUGUGUCUCAAAAAUUGGAAGCCCUCAUGGAAAUUAAUGUAAAAGUGGUAUAAGUUGUGUUAUUUUCAUUUUGAACAAAAAAACACUUUUUUUUUUCAUUCGGUUGUUGCUCCAUUCUGCAUGGUUUAAUUUCAAAUGUGAAUAUACAAAUAAAACAUUCAGUCGAGCUGCAGAACAAAUAUAAGCCAGGCGAAUAGGAUUUCAAAUUGUAAAUUACACAAAAAUACCACCCAAACACCCAAAGAAUCAUCGCAAAUCAAAUAAGGGGAAAUAGAGAGUGAAAAUUUAACAACAAAAACGAAGCUAUAAAUUAAGGCGAGGGAAUAGAGCGAGCGAACGGAAUUGACCGUGGAAAGGCGGUGAAGUGCGAGCGCGCAUAUGCUAUUAAAAACAAUAAUGAAAUCAGGAGUGACAGUGCAAAAAUGAUUUAUCUAUUGAACGACGAUGGAACCAAGUAGAUCGAUCAAUCAUGAGACCGAAGCAAGCAGUAGUACAGCCAUUAAUUGUAAUAACACGUCGAUAAUACAAAAUCCAAGCAUAAGAUAUGACUUGAGAAAGCCACAGUCAUCAACAGUGUCUGCUGCGGCAGCGGCAAAUGUGCUGUUGCAUUCAUCGUCGUCGCGAUGUGAUAACAAUGGAUAUGGUGGUGGCAGCAGUGGCGGUGGUGGUGGUGGUAGUAGUAGUAGUAGAGGUAAAAGUGGCGACCAAAGCACUUUUCACACAUUGCAUUACGACAAUUCAAACGAUAUAAUCAUAACGAAUAGAAAAAUGCACACAGCGAAUUUAAAUCGAUCGAGGCGAGCCAGCCAAACAGCACGAGGUGGUGGCGGUGGUCGACUGCAUCAUGGCAGUGAUUCGUAUAGCUCGAAAUCGUCCAGAUCAUCGUACAGUUCAACGUGUUCAGCAAGCUCAUGCGACGGCAGCGAAACCAGUUCAAAUUCAUCGGGUGAACCAAAUUUACCAUACCCGGGCUUUCCUGAGCUCUCCCUCAACUAUCUCACACAAGAUAUGCGACCUAGAAACUGGUGUUUGCUACUCAUUACAAAUCCAUGGUUCGAACGUGUUUCAAUUUUAGUCAUUUUAUUCAAUUGUGUAACGUUAGGCAUGUACCAGCCAUGCGUUGACGAUGAAUGUGUUACAAAUCGCUGCAAAAUACUCCAGAUAUUCGAUGACAUUAUAUUUGCGUUUUUCUCCUUGGAAAUGAGCAUAAAAAUGGUUGCGAUGGGAGUCUAUGGCAAAAAUACCUAUCUGGCCGAUUCGUGGAAUCGUUUGGAUUUUUUCAUCGUGCUGUCGGGCGCACUUGAGUACUGUUUGAACAUGGAGAAUUUAAAUUUGACAGCGAUCCGAACAAUACGUGUUUUGCGUCCAUUACGAGCCAUAAAUCGAAUACCAAGUAUGAGAAUACUGGUGAUGCUGUUGCUGGAUACGUUACCCAUGUUGGGAAAUGUGUUGCUGCUGUGCUUUUUUGUAUUCUUCAUAUUUGGUAUCGUCGGCGUACAACUGUGGGAAGGCAUUCUACGACAACGGUGCGUGCUUCAGUUGCCGGAUCAUGUGGCAGCUCCCAAGGAUCUACCGGACGAUUACAGAGUUCGAGUUCGAAUCAAUUCCAUUUCAUAUUACUAUGAGUUUUCAAAGGAACAAGACUAUAUUUGUUCGAAGCCAGCGGAUUCCGGUAUGCAUAUGUGCUCCGAUUUGCCACCGUAUCGCAUUGGACCAAUGAUCUGCAACGCAUCAGCCGAAGCAUACUCGUACAAUUAUCCGACGAAUUCAUCGUGCGUCAAUUGGAAUCAAUACUACACAAAUUGCACGCAGCUAGGCGGUAAUCCGUUUCAGGGAACCAUUUCGUUCGAUAACAUUGGCAUGGCAUGGGUCGCGAUAUUUUUAGUUAUCUCAUUGGAAGGAUGGACUGAUAUCAUGUACUACGUGCAAGAUGCUCACAGCUUCUGGGAUUGGAUCUAUUUCGUUUUAUUAAUAGUGAUUGGAUCGUUUUUUAUGAUAAAUCUAUGUCUCGUUGUCAUCGCCACUCAAUUCUCUGAAACGAAAAAACGUGAAAUGGAGCGUAUGCGACAGGAGCGAGCUCGUUACACAUCCACAUCAACAAUCACAUCGAGCACGAACAAUUCGGAGCCGUCAACAUGCUAUGCGGAAAUCGUAAAAUACAUUGCACAUUUGUGGCGCCGACUAAAACGACGACUAAUUAAGAAGUUACGAACGUAUAAGUAUAGAAAUCAAGAUGAAGAUCUGCUGCCAAAUGCCGACACAUUCACAUUAUCGCCACACCGAAUCAAAUGUCAUCAUCCAAAUUGUCCGAAAGUAAAUCAGAAUACGCCCACGAUGGAUGGCAGCGGCGGCGGUGGCGUUGCAAAGCGUCUUAAAUCACAAAUGGCCGACACGAAUAGCAUAUCCGGAACAAUAGUCAUACAAAAUAAUUGCAAUAACAGCCAAUUAUCGUCACCGGAUAUGUCAGAAGCGAACGAAAUGCAUAGGUACUCGACAAGCUCGGCAAAUCUAGCGACGGCCAACAGCAGAAAUGACGACAAAGACGAUAAGCACAAGUCGAGCUUGUUAAAAAUUCCGGGCGUCAUUAAAACGGAACAGCAAUCGCAAAGCACAAACGGAUCUGGCGAGUAUUUAAGCCCACCAUCAUCAGCGCGCCGUAGAUCGUCGGUGGAGAAAACUACACAAGCCGGUGAUGGGAAUAUUUGGAAGGUGAACUUAGGUCAUAAUUUGUAUUCGCACACGAUGAACAACAUUCUAACGGAUUGUUCAGACCUCAAUUUCAAUGAUACGAUGACAUGUCAAGAAUUGUUAGCGUUUUCGGUGGCAUUUUCGGCCGCAUUGCCAACCAACCAAAACACUUUAGAGUCCUUAUACUCGUCGUUAGCACAUCACGAUUCACAGCAGCCGAAGAAUGACAGCCAAAAUGCCGACCAAAUGCAAAAAAAUGGCAAUUCGGAUAGAAUAAAUCGUCAAGCAUCAACCGUAGCGGCAACAACACCAUCAGCCGUGGCAGCCACAUCAACGACCGCACCGCCAAAUGGUUUGGAAAACUUUUCCUGUUGCUAUCAUUUAUAUCAAAAUUCGGCCCAUGUCGAAGCGCUCAUGUCAUCGCAUCGUAAGCCAAAUAAAUAUGUGGCACCAAUUGUGGCCGGCUGGAGACUAUUUUCCAAAUUGAUGACCUACAUGCGACGGUGCAUCAAACGACUGGUCGAUCAUAAAUACUUUCAACAGGGAAUUCUAUUAGCGAUUUUAAUAAACACACUGUCAAUGGGCAUCGAAUAUCAUGAUCAGCCAGAGGAGCUAACAGCCAUCGUGGAAACGAGUAAUAUCGUCUUUUCGGGCAUUUUCGCCGUUGAAAUGAUGCUCAAAGUGAUUGCCGAGGGUCCGUUCCGCUACAUUGCCAAUGGAUUCAAUGUUUUUGAUGGUGUUAUUGUUAUAUUAAGUGUAUUCGAAUUAGGUCAACAAUUCUUCGGCAUUAGCGAAGGCAGCUCGGGAUUAAGUGUUUUACGUACGUUUCGACUGUUGCGAAUCCUGAAAUUGGUGAGGUUCAUGCCAAAUUUAAGACGCCAACUAUUCGUCAUGUUACGCACAAUGGACAAUGUUGCAAUAUUUUUCUCGUUACUCAUUCUGUUUAUAUUUAUAUUUAGCAUACUUGGCAUGUACCUAUUCGGUGGUAAGUUUUGUAAAUUUACGGAUGAAACCAGUGGGCAAGAAAGAGAAUGCACUUGCCCCGAAAUAAUAAGCCAACAUCCACUUUGCGAAUGCGAUCGAAAACAUUUUAACAACAUUUUAUGGUCAACUGUAACAGUUUUCCAAAUUUUAACGCAAGAAGAUUGGAAUGUUGUGCUUUUCAAUGGCAUGGAAAAGACUAGCCACUGGGCGGCAUUGUAUUUCGUUGCAUUGAUGACGUUCGGUAAUUACGUGCUGUUCAACCUGCUGGUUGCUAUUUUAGUGGAGGGCUUUAGCUCUGAGCGAAACGAACGUCGAGAGCGGGAACAACGUGAACUGGUGAAAAAAUUGCGUGAAGAACACGAGAAUUUAAGUGAUUUGAUGUUGGAGGACUAUCGCAGUGGCACCGAUUCCAUCAGUUCAAGUGACAAUUGCCAAGAGUCUCGCAACAAAUGGCACAGCGCCGAAGAUGUACGAAGUCGAAAAAUACGAGCACAAUUGCAAAAGGAGCAAGAGGAAAAGAGUGCAAAUAAUGCGACGCAUCGUCAGACGCAAGCUAUGGUUUAUGUAUAUGUAAACAAUGACACCCACUCCGAUAAUGAAAUGUCGAAAUCAAAACAAAGCAUCGAUGCUGACAUCGAUAAAAUUGUUUUGGAAAACAAACACUUCAGAAUGUCGCCAAAAGAUAAUAAUGCGGGUGGUUCGAGUCGAGGUCAACGACGUGGUGCAGGUAAAAUGAAUCCACCGAUAAUAACAACAACGGCUGCAACGCCACAGGAUUCACCGAUUGCCACACUGGCACAUGGCAUGAGCUUCAGCGAAUGGGAGAACAAUAAUGCCCUGAAACCGCCAUCGAUUAUGUGCGGCAGUGUGAAGGGACUGAAUAAUUUACUAUUGCCCGAACCGUUUCCAAGCAAGCGGAAAAUUGAAAGUACAACCACUCGAAAUGCAAACACUUGCAUCGAUCUAGAGCCAAAAGCAUCCGUAUCGAAUAUUAAAUUGGAUCGAAAAGAUUCGAACGAAGCAGGUAACAAUCAAACGGGCACAAAAUCCAAAUCGACCAAGAGAAAUUCGGUCAAGAAACGGUCAAGUGCAAAACGGAAAGAUAAACCAUCGUCAGCCAAUUAUGAAACGGAUAUGCUGAACAAUGAACGCCUCGAUUCACUCGGCAGCAUGGACGUGAUGCAUAAAUCUGGUAAACGACUUCAGAACAAUACCAAAAACACGAAUAAAAUUAGCCCACGCGGACGUCAGUUUGAUCCAAACGAAUUUUAUAACAAUGCACCUAAAUACUACAACAAUCAGUCUAUGGAACAACAACCAGAGCAGCAGGGGCAUCAACGAAUGUACGCUCACCGUGGUUCGACCGUUUAUCGUCGUCGAUUAUCAACAAUGGAUGCGCAAGCGUUUAAAAAUUUAGCCAAUUUGGAUCUCAAACAGUUGGAAAUGUUGCGAGCAAGAGCUUUGCGCCGUGAAGAGGAAUCGAAAGCUGCCGAAGCGGCAGCUGCUAAAGAGGCAGCGCUCGUUUCCAAAGGUUUCUUUCGCGAACCGAUUAAAUUCACAACGGCCGCUCUGCGAAAGCGUUUCGAAGUGCUGACCGAACAUCGUGAAUGCUAUUCGAUGUACAUUUUCGCUGAAGAGAACAAAUUUCGACAGGCAUGCGAUUGGUUCGUAUCACAGAAAUGGUUCGAUAAUGUCAUUUUACUAUUCAUUGCGCUCAAUUGCAUCACACUGGCCAUGGAGAGACCCAAUAUUCCGAAUGGUGUACCAGAACGGUAUUUUUUAACAACGGCCAACUAUGUGUUCACGUUUGUAUUUACGCUGGAAAUGUUCGUCAAGGUAGUUGCAACCAGUAUGUUCCGUGGGCCUAAUGCAUAUUUCAAUUCAGGUUGGAACAUAAUGGACGGUUCGUUAGUCACAAUUUCAAUUAUCGAUUUGUUAAUGUCGUUAUUGAGCGAUUCAAGUCCGCGCAUUUUUGGAAUACUUCGUGUUUUUCGUUUAUUGCGUUCACUUCGGCCGUUGCGUGUUAUUAAUCGAGCGCCCGGGCUUAAGCUCGUCGUUCAAACGCUGCUGUCGUCAUUGCGUCCCAUUGGCAAUAUUGUGCUGAUUUGCUGUACAUUCUUCAUAAUAUUCGGUAUUCUGGGUGUGCAACUGUUCAAAGGAACAUUUUACUAUUGCGAGGGAAUUAAUGUGAAGCAUGUGAAAAACAAAACGGAUUGCCUAUCGAUACCUGGAAAUCAAUGGAUCAAUCGAAAAUACAAUUUUGAUGAUUUGGGCAAAGCGUUAAUGUCAUUAUUUGUGCUGUCGUCACGCGAUGGCUGGGUAAAUAUUAUGUACACGGGCUUAGAUGCUGUUGGUGUUGAUCAACAGCCAGUUGUCAAUUUCAAUGAGUGGCGCCUACUCUAUUUCAUCGCAUUCAUAUUGCUGGUGGGAUUCUUUGUGCUGAACAUGUUUGUCGGUGUUGUCGUUGAGAAUUUUCAUCGCUGUCGCGAAGAGCAAGAGAAAGAAGAGAAAAUUAGACGUGCUGCCAAACGUGCCGUUCAAAUGGAAAAGAAAAGAAAACGUAUGCAUGAGCCACCGUACUACAUCAACUAUUCACCAUUGCGGUUAUUCGUCCACAACGUAGUCACGAGUAAAUAUUUUGAUUUGGCGAUUGCCGCUGUUAUCGGUUUGAAUGUGGUUACCAUGGCAUUGGAAUAUUAUCGUAUGCCUCUCAUUCUUGAGUACGCACUGAAAAUCUUCAAUUAUUUCUUUACGGCGGUGUUCAUCCUGGAGGCAAUUAUGAAAUUAGUUGCGCUCGGCUUUAAAUUAUACCUGAAAGACAAAUGGAAUCAAUUGGAUGUUGGAAUUGUUAUUGCGUCAGUCGUUGGAAUUGUACUUGAGGAACUUGAAACGAAAAUAAUCCCAAUCAAUCCGACAAUAAUACGAGUUAUGCGCGUUUUACGAAUUGCACGCGUACUGAAAUUGUUGAAGAUGGCCAAAGGUAUUCGAGCAUUGCUCGACACGGUGAUGCAGGCAUUGCCACAAGUCGGCAACCUAGGUUUACUAUUCUUUCUUUUGUUCUUCAUAUUUGCCGCGCUGGGAGUUGAAUUGUUCGGUCGAUUGGAGUGCUCAGACGAAAAUCCGUGUCAGGGAUUGGGGGAACAUGCUCAUUUUGCGAAUUUUGGAAUGGCAUUUCUGACAUUGUUCCGAGUCGCUACAGGUGACAAUUGGAAUGGCAUUAUGAAGGACACGCUUCGCGACGACUGCGACGAUGAAGCCGAUUGUGUGAAAAAUUGUUGUGUGAGUUCGGUAAUAGCGCCGAUAUUUUUCGUGAUAUUCGUAUUGAUGGCUCAAUUUGUGCUCGUGAAUGUGGUGGUUGCAGUACUGAUGAAGCACCUGGAAGAGAGCCACAAGCAGAUUGAAGAUGACGAAUUUGAUAUGGAAGAGUUGGAACGUGAAAUGGUGCAGGCGCAAAAAUUCGAAGAAGAACAAGCGUUGUGUUUGCAGCUAGAGGCAGAAGCCGUACCACGUCGACCAAUGACUAAAGUACUAUCAUUGCCAUCCAAUUUCACGUAUAGUUCGCCAAUCAUUUUAGAAAAUCUUCUGAAUUCGCAACGAAGACAAACGUUGCAGCUGUUUGGGGAUGGAAGCCGUUUCUCGGACUUCAGUCGUCCACCGACCACCGACGAGCGAAUGACUGAAAUUGAAUUGGGAGAAUUGGGAGAGAUAAAACCAAAGACUAAACGACGUCAAUCGAGUACUGUGUCACGAGACAAAGAAUCCGUCGCAUCAUUACGAACACCAAAUGCCCGACCGAAAUUUCACCGCGAAAUAUCAUUAGACGAACGUCAAAUGCCAUCUUCGAGACCAAAACCAAAACUCGUCGACAUAAAGCGCACCAGUUGUGAUCAGUUGCUUGUUCGUGGCGAUGAUGAAACGACGAAUUUCUACCACAAACCAAAUGCCGCUAAACCGAGCGGUGAUAAAUCUACUGCUGGUGCUGGCCAUAAAGUCAAGACCGACAAACUGACAGAUUCAAAGGAUUCAAUUGUAAUGGCCGCAGAACAUGCGAAAGUAUCAUUGUAUCGGCGAUCCUCUUUGAACUAUGGCAAUUCAAAGAGUUCAAAUGCAGCAAAUACAUUACGUUCAUUGCCGAAGGCGCAAUCAGUGUCGGGCCGAUCGGGUAGUUGCCGACAGCUUUUCAAACAACAUGCCAUGGACGACGAGGCUGACAUCGAUGAGAAUUCACUGCUGCUUCCAGUGCUGAAUAAACCUCAAAUUAUCCAACACAAUGACCCGAAAAAUUCAAAAGAAACUAGCCUAUUCAACAAAACCACCAAUGAAACUGAGUGAAAAAAAAAACUGUCGAUUUUAAGUUUACCUUUUUUUUAGAAGAAAAAUAAUAAUAUGCGAGUGAAAUUUUAUGCAAUUGAAUCGCGAGCGCACUAUGCUGCAGUUUAUUAAGCAAUUUUCGAAAACGAACAACAAAAUGGUUUUGAUUGCAAAAAAAAAACAAAACAAAUGGAUACAUUUUUAAACAAAUUGGAGAAUUUAAGUGAUUUUUAAUGCAGACAGAUUAUAUUUAAAAAAAAGAUUUAACAUAUUUAUUUAUCGGCGAUGAAAAGCGAAGCUAUCACCGAUUAUUAUUAGUGUGUGGGGUGAAUGCAUUUGGUUUCUAGAAAACCAAAACAAAUGGAUUUAUAUAAUACAUGUUAAACGAGCAAAAUCAUAUUUAAUGAUUAUAUAUAUGCAUUCAGAAACCAUUCGAUACAUAUGUUAGGAAUUUAGUGAAUACUCACAAUGAAACAUACAUUAGUAAGUAUACACAUACACACAAGGCUCUCUCUCUCACACUCACACACACACAAACAAGCAGAACAAAUACGCAUUCAGUUCUAUUGACAAAAUUAAUGGAAAUCUAACAAUCAAUACGAGAGAAAACAUUUAAGCAAACUGUACAUUUCGUAUAUAUUAUAUAUAUUACAAACAGGAAUUUGAUAAGCAAUCUAUUUUACUAAUUCUCUAUCAAAACAACAAAAAAAAAACAACACUGGUUUCGAAAAAUCUCACUUCAAUGUGGUCAAUCAACGGUAAUGGAAUUGUCUCUCUUUCUAAAUAUUUCGAAUUUUUGUUCCCAUGUCAACAGUUCUUUCGGAAUUGAUAUCAUGCUUUUCGCCAAUGAUGGGCAUUCUCGAUGGGAUGCUUCAAUGAAAAAUGAAAGCUCGGUUGGAAAUCAAU